CUGCCCGCCCAUCAUCCUUCGAGUCGAUAGAAGUGUCGAAGGUGUAGUCGAUAUCUGUCGAAAGAACCAUGGCUCAUCCAGGUCCUGUGGACGACCCCCGCCGCAUAAAGAGGAGCUUCAGCAAGCCAGAGCAAGUGAACCAUACGGACCUCUUGGUCGGCGGAGUGCUCUUCCGUGUGCCGGCGGAAUUUGUCAUCAUCAGUCAGCGCCACCGGAAAGCCAUCGAUCCCAGCACGUUCCUCGGCCCACCGAUGGUGUCGCGUCGAUCCAGAGCAUGCAGCAGUGGCGACUUGUACACAUUCAAGUCGCCAUCGCAGCCCACCCCGUCGCCGCACCACCGUCCGUCGACCCCCGACGACGCUGCUGUUUCUCGUGCUCGGUCGUCGCUGCCCACAGUGCAAGAACUGCGUGAUUUCUCGUCGUCGCUGGAUGCCCACCUGUGUCCCAUGUGCAGCGCCCUCAACUGCACGUGCGAAGGACCUGCGAAGGCGGCGGCUCCUGGGUCCCCACUGAGCAGGCGAUCGGUGUCGGCAUCGCAUGGACUCAACUUCCUCACGCCAAGAGAACAAGCGAUGCACGGGCGGUACCUCAUCCGCGAGUCGUUUGCCAACGGGCAGUACGGACAGGUCCACAAUGGCGAAGUCAUGGCUUCCCACGACAGCAUCGUGGUCAAGGUCAUCCCCAAGUUUAUAUUGCAAUCCCCCGAUGAAAAGCAGUCGGUUAUUCGCGAGCAAGUGAUUCACAAGAGCUGCCGCCAUCCCCAUAUCAUUCGACUCAUCGAUACGUACCAGGACGACGAAGCGCACUACUUGAUAUUGGAACGUGCGGCGAACGGCAGUAUGGAGCACCGCAUUGGCCAAUCAGGAAUCGUAGAAACCGACGCCAAGCAACUGUUUCGGCAACUGCUCCUCGCCUUGGACUACUUGCACAGCAACUGCAUUGUCCACCACGACUUAAAACCCCACAAUUUGCUGUUGGAUGCGGCGGGACAGCUCAAAGUGUGCGAUUUUGGGGCCGCCCGGGCCUACAACAAGCACGACGCCGGCCUGCCGUUCUCUGGGAUCUACGGCACCGUGGGUUAUAUUGGUACUAUAUGUCACUAUUCUCGUGGUCACUUUUAUGUGUGUUAUACGACAUAUGGAUGGUCACUAAUUGCAAUGGCUGUAGCGCCGGAACUGCUCCAGGGUGUGCCGUUGUACACGACCGCCGUCGACAUGUUUAGUGUCGGGCUGAUUUUGUUUGAGAUGCUGUUUGCGUAUGCGGCGUUCUACCCCCCCAGCGCGUGCCUGCAAGACGACGUCGAGUUCCCAACCCCACGACCGAGUCAAAAGCACAAGCCAAUCGUGUCGGCGGACGCCAAGCGGCUGAUCCAAGCGCUGCUGCAACGAGACCCUGUUAGCCGCGUCACGGCCGCCGCUGCGUUGCGCCAUCCGUGGUUCCAUAACAAUAAGACUGACCCAUGAACGAACACUCUACACGAACGUACUCGG